ACCACUAGUGGGAAGUUAUGACUAGUUUCCCCCGAAAUCUGCUACCCAACCCCCAUAGCGCAGCUUUUUCUUCUUCCAUCUGAAGUCAGAUGAGUUGGUUGCUUCACUGAAGCGAUGGAUGUGUGUUGAUCUAUUUCUGUAUUUUGAGUCACCGAGCCUCGACAAACGGACGGACUCUUUAAUGCAUGUGAUUCACUAUGCCUCCUCGCAAGAAGGAGUACGGGAUUAAACGAGCGAGCGGAUCCCUUAUCCACUUCAGACCGUCCGUGAGCGCGACCACCGUGCGAAGACACUCUGCCGUCGUGCCUUCGGUGCUAACGUUCGCCGUGAUCGUGGCAUCCGGAGGCCUGUUGCUCAUGAUAGAGAAGGGAAUGUUGAACAGCGUGCAGACUCCGCCGCCACGAGCCAACGGGAAGAAAGUGGAGUACCGAAUGAGGAGUAGCGACGCAGCUGUGGACGUGGAGUCUCAGAUUGUACAGGAGAUCCGUAAUCGCACCAUAAGAUCGAUGUGCGGUCAGAAGAACACGGCUCACAGUGUGUGGUCUCUCAGUCCACUGCAGAGGAAGACUCUCCUCCAGCACAUACUGGUGAACGACGAGCAUCAUUUCCUGUACUGCUACGUCCCCAAAGUGGCCUGUUCCAACUGGAAACGAGUGCUGAAAGUACUGAGUGGCGCUCUAGCCAACGUGGACGUCAAAGUGAAGAUGGAUCAUCGUGCUGAUUUACUCUUCCUGUCUGACUUUUCGCCAGAAGAGAUUCGUCAUCGAUUACGGCAUUAUUUUAAAUUCAUGUUUGUGCGGGAGCCGAUGGCCCGCUUGCUUUCUGCCUAUCGGAACAAGUUUGGCGAAAUCGAGGCAUAUCAGCGUAAAUAUGGUGCAGAGAUUAUACGGCGCUAUAGAAAAGGCUACGCAAAGGAUAAAAAAAUAGCGGGAAAUGACGUGACAUUCACAGAGUUUGUACGUUAUUUACUUGACGAAGACCCAGAGAGGAUGAAUGAACACUGGAUGCCCAUCUACAACCUGUGCCAACCCUGUGCCAUAGAAUAUGACUUCAUUGGCUCGUACGAAAGGCUGGAGAGCGAUGCGGCUUACGUUCUGGAACGUGUCGGAGCACCGCAACACAUAGGUUUUCCUGAACGACAGACGUGGUACAAACCCGUCACCAAAGAAACGCUACAUUAUUACCUUUGCACUGUGCCACAGAAGUUCCUCAAAGAUCUUCUGCCCAAAUAUAUUCUGGACUUUUCUCUGUUCGGCUAUCCUUUACCCAACACAACCACUGAGUACUGUAGGCAUUAACAAAGACAUUGGUUUAUACCUGCUUUAUAAGACUGUCUAUAAUCUUUCAAUAUGUUAAUAUUUAAAAAAAAAAAAU